UAUAUAAUUUAAACAAGGAAAUUAAUAAACAUGAGCGUGAAACUAAUUUAUUAACGUGAUAUCUUGUGCUGUGAUAUACAUGUGGAUUAUAAUGUGUACUACCGCUAUAAUGUUAAUAGAUAUAAAUAAGAUAUAUAAAUAUCAAAAUAUUAAAGGAUGAUUUAUUUGCACUUAAGACGGAUGUGCAGUAAGGUUUAUUUUUUGAGGGGUUACUUUUGAGUCAUAUAAUGGUGAACAGUAAAAAAAAUGAUGAACUACCGUAAUGAGAAACGGUGAAGAAAAUCAUUGAACCUUUAAGAGAUGUUUUACAAUAUCCUCAUUUAAGCCUAGAGUGAAGAUGUUAAAUUUUACAAGUUCUAAAAUUUUGUAUGAUUAGUUUGCAAAUUAAGUUUUUGCUGUUUCUUUGUUUGUUGCUUUUUUUAGUUAAGGGAAAAAAUUGGAUUUUUUGAGUGUGGAAAAAGUGGGUGGAGAGCAGGGAAUUAUAUACUCACCUAAAUAUUUGGAUUUUUAGAUUUACAACAUUCACGCAAAAAAAUGUUAAGACUCGCCUUUGAGGAAAGAGACAAAUUAGUAUGUAAUGGAAUUAAUUUCUUUGAUGAAAAUGAAGUGUGGUAAAUUAUAGAGAAAAAGAACGCAAUGACAUAGCAUAUUUCCAUGUGAACACCAGUAUAUAUACUGAUUCUGAGGAAAAAUAAGGAAACUAUUUCAAUAUAAAUUGUUUUGUCUGUGAAGUCGUAUUGAUUGAGGAACAUUUUUCAAAUGCAUCAUGUCUGCUUUUAAAACAUUAUACAAUAUGGGACAAGUUAGGAUUUUGACAGAGUGAACUGUUCUCGAUGUACGCGAGGUAUAAAGAGAGGUUGUCAGCUCGUGGAAGGGGCAGAAAUAGCCAUUUCCAUCAGAGUCAAGAUUCCGACGACAUGAGAACCAAAAAACAAACUUUAUCUGUUGGCGAUUCACAUGAUAAUGAUAACUAUAUAAGUGAUAACAAGCUCACUUUACACGAUAAUAAAAUUACUGCACAUGACAAAUCAUCCCUCGACAGGCAGCAUGAACGUAACAAAGAAAACGCAUUCGAGAAGAAGUUGUUAAAUCGAGACAGUGGUAACGUUAUUUGUAUAGAAGAAGAACAAAACGUAAAAUCUGAAAACGAUAAUCAUAAAUCAUCGCAAGGAAAACAGGUUAAACAUCCGUUACACAGGAAAAGUUCAAAUAUCACAGAUGAUUCAGGACGGAGCACGGUUAGUGAUAUAGGAGAAAAUGUGCAUGACCUUCAGUGUGACCUUAACGAGAGUCAAGGUUACCAGAGCUCCCAUAUCAACCAUAUAAAUGACCCAAAUAGACGAGAAAGUUUAACAGUUAUUGAUGCAACAGGUCAUUUAACAUUGCCUUCUACUCUUGAAUGUGUUAAACCAUUUUCGGAUGAAAGUGGAAUUAGUGACCUUGACCCUACAGUUCGCCCUCACUCUGCUCAUAUCUCAAGCGAAAGUCAAUCAUCACAUGUUUUAAAUCGACCAGGUAGCGGUCAUUUAAUUAACAAACGUUAUGGUCCUAAAAUACUCUACAGUAACUCAGAGGAUAGUUCAUUAACUCAAAGACGUCUUUCAUAUCCAAAAUCACCUUAUUCCUCACCUACAGCAUCUCCACGGUUACGACGUCAGCCGACCAUGGAAACACGUAGAAUUUCAGUCUCCGAUGGUGGAGACGGGUAUAUUCAGCUCAACCAAUAUAAGCUCAAAGAUGAAAUAGGAAAGGGAUCCUAUGGUAUUGUAAAACUGGCCUACAAUGAAGCUGAUGAAGCACAUUAUGCAAUGAAAAUCUUGUCAAAAAUGAGACUGAGAAAAAAGGCGGGAUUCUUCCGACGACCACCCCCAUCAAGAGAAGGGAAACAGGUACGUCCGCCCACACAUCCGUUAGAGCGUGUUUACAGAGAAAUUGCUAUAUUAAAGAAAUUGGAUCAUCCAAAUGUUGUACGCCUUGUUGAAGUACUGGAGGACCCGGGCGAAGACAAUCUUUACAUGGCCUUUGAACUGGUUGAAAAAGGGGAAGUGAUGGAUGUCCCUACGGAUAAAACACUCUCGGAGGAAACAGCGUGGAAGUAUUUCCGCGACAUCAUCCUUGGCAUCGAAUAUUUACAUUACCAAAAAAUCAUUCAUCGAGAUAUAAAGCCUUCCAAUCUCUUACUAGGGGAUGAUGACCAUAUAAAGAUAGCAGACUUUGGUGUAAGUGAUGAGUUCACUGGCAAUGAUGUGUACCUUACAAGUACUGCUGGAACACCAUCAUUUAUGGCACCAGAGGCACUCAAAGAAGAGAAGGAGAAUUUCAGUGGUAGAGCAUUAGAUAUCUGGGCCAUGGGUAUUACUCUGUACUGCUUUAUAUAUGGACAUUGUCCGUUUGAAGAUGAUAUGCCAUUAAGUCUACAUAAAAAAAUCUUAAAAGAUCCUGUGAUAUUUCCAGAAAAGCCAGAUGUAUCUGAAGGUAUCAAAGAUGUUAUCCAGAAGAUGUUAGACAAAAAUCCAGAAACUAGGAUUACACUUCCAACUUUAAAGUUACAUUCCUGGGUGACUAAAGACGGUGAAUUUCCAUUACCCACUGAGAGCGAGAACUGCAAUCUGGUUACCGUAACCGAUGAAGAAGUUGAUAAUGUUGUAAAACCGGUGCCGAAACUUGAAACUCUGAUAUUUGUUAAAAGUGUGUUACGUCAUAAGUCUUUCAAGAAUCCAUUCCGAGAUAACAAGGAGAAUAUGAAGGAUGAAUUCCAGAAAUCAGGUCGCUCCAACUCCGCACCAAACUCAUCAUUUCAUCAGGUUGUUAAACAGCGAAUGUCUGCAGAAGACAACAUAGAAGAACAAUCCUAGCACAAAAUACAAAACUUCAUAUCGCAGCAAUAUAUACAUAUAUAUAUAUUUACUGUGUAAAACUUAUUCUAAUAUUGUAGAAAAAAUAAAACACAUUGAAAAUCUAUGUUAAUUUGAUAACUGCUCGAUAACUGAAAUUUGUGAUGUUUAAAAAAAUUGUUUUUCUUUUCUAUAUUUGUUUUGAUUGUUUUUUUGUUGAUGUUUUAUAUGUUUUGUUCUUUGACAAUUGAAAAUUUAUAUGCACCUUUUUUUUUUACAAAAAAAUAUUUCAUUGCCAAGAGUAGAUGUACUUAGUGUAGAAAAUAAACAAUGUAUAUUUACAGUCAAAUCUGUCUGUAGACCAUGUUUGAAAGUGGUCUUUUAACAGGUUUGACUGUAAAUUAUUCUAUGUUUAAUUAGAACAUUAUAUAUCAGAAUAUGUUUUAAUAAAUAUUUGAUCAUUGUUUGAGAAGUGAAGUCAAACGUAGUAUACGUCAUGUUUUUUUUCAAACGGAAGUUUUAUCUAAAAAAUGGGACCACAUGCAUUAGUUUUUCAUGGGGUUAAGUUUUUCACGUGAAGUAUACCGAGUUGGGGCAUCAAAUUGAACAGAAAUAAAUGAUCCCCAAAUAUUUUCUUUUUUUCAAGCAUAUCUACAGCUUCUUGAAUUCAAAAUUCAUAAAGUAUUUUUAAACAUAUUUGAUUAAUGUUUCAUAAUAUAAUGAUAAUUUCCAGACAUCCUUCUCAUCAUCACUUUCAUCAUCAUCAUCCUCAAUAUCAUGGCUGAUUGGUUAAGGUAGUUGUCUUCAAACUAGUUGCCUGUCAUAGAUGUGGACUCAAAUUCUGACAGAGACUUUGAAUUCUUUCAUGUGAAGAAGCUAUCCAGCUAGCUUAUGUUUGUGCCUGAAAUAAUGCAUGGAGGAGUCCCUGAUAUCUACCUCCUUCAGUAAAGUUGGAAAGUCGCCAUAUGACCUUUACAGUGUUGGUAUGACCAAAAAUGAAAAUCAUCACUGUUGUCAUCAUUGUCAUCAUCACCAUUAUCAUCAUGGAUAAUUGCUCAUAACUCACUGGCAUAUUUAAAGUUACAUAAAAGUUACUAUAUUUAUAUAUCCUCUGUGACUGGCUGAUCUUGUACCCCUCUGCUUAUAGUUACAAUUCCACUGCUCCAGAUUUAAAACCCACUUUUUUCAUUAUUUUUCCUUAGCUGGCAAUGAAAAUUCUUUCAAGACAGCAAUUUGAGGACCAUUCCGGUAGCUAUUAGGGAGUUUUUCAGGUAGCUUUUAAGGAGUUAUGCUCCUAGCUAUUAUAUAGUUAUUAUGUAAGCUAUAAGGGAGCUCUUUGGCUAGCUAUGAGGAAAUCAUCUCUGGUUUUAAAAGAUUGGCUUUUCCUAUUUGUACAAGGAUAUCAGCCAUCGAUCUUAGAUUCUCCACCUGUAAUUUACAGAGGCCGUCAUUUGACCAUUACGAUGUCUGUGUCACAUGAAAUAUACUUCCUGCACACAUAUAAUCAUAGUUAUUAUGUUAUAUAUUUUUAUAUGAUGUUUAAAGCUGAAUCUCAUGUUUGUUUGUAAGCUGCUAUUAAUUGUCUGGACAACAUAUAUAUUAUUUCUACAAUAUAAAAUGAUACAAAUUGCUGAUAAUUAGUGAACAGAUAAUUGUUACUGGGAAAAAAUUGAUUUCGCAAACACACUGCCAAAGGUUAUGUAAUAUAUCAUUGUUUCAAAUGUAUAUAUUUAUAAGCAUGUUUUAAACAUUCUGAGGAUGUUAAACUUUCAAUUUGCUUACUUACAUUGCCAUUAACUGUAUAAAUAUCUUAAAUGGACAUGUCCAUCUUUCAUUCUGGGCAAAAUCAGCCUGCCCUAUCUUUAGGCAAGACUAUCAUUUUUGUCAUUCUUGAAAUUAAUCCUUAACCCUUUGGAAUCUCUUAAAUGGACAAUGUCAUGUCCAGCUUCAAUUUUGAAAAUGUCCGUUAUCAUUUUUGACAGAAAAUUUGAAGUUGAAGAUGAAAACAACUUUAAAGUUUGUCAGCCAACAAAUUUAAAGUUGGUCAGCCGAUAAAUUUGAAGUUGGUCAGCCAACAAAUUUGAAGUUGGUCAGCCAACAAAUUUGAAGUCACUCAGCCAACAGUAUGGAGCUGUGUUAGAUUGCACAGUUGUGUAGGCUGGUCUGGCUUUAUUAAGAUGGCUAGGGCCAGUCACUUUCUGGUUGUAGCAGGGUAAAGGUCACUGAUAAAAGACUUUAAUUGCAAAAAACGACAUUCUAACUGCUGUAAAAUCAUUGGGUAUUUAUUUGUGACUUCACUAUUUCAUUAAACUUUAUUUUCUUGUAAUGCUCUACCCUGAUCUGGGGUACAUUAAAAGAUGAAGGCUUUUUUCUGUUUCUAACUUAAAUAAAUUGUUUGGCAAAUUUGGUAUGGGUUAGAUUUCUUAGAGAGAAAAAAUUGGUACAUGUGUGAGAAAAAUUAUUUAGAAAAUUUGGUAUAUGAUGCAUUAUUUAGCAUUUUUUAGACGAAAUUAAUUUUUUUAACAAAUUUGGUAAAUGUUAAAUCAUUAACAAUAUUUUUAUGGUUUGAAUUAUUUAGCUAAUUUUGUACAAGUUAAAUUAUUAAGCAAAUUUAGUAAUAAGGAAAAUUUUGUUAUGAGUUAAUAUAUUUAGAACAUUUUGUAGAUUUCUGGCCUAUAUUUUUCAGUUUUCUAAAGGUCUAAUGUUUAAGGUUAUUUAUUACUUAUGGAAAUCUUAUAUUUAAUGUUACAUUUAUCAUUGAAGACUUUACUUAGUAAUGAUUCUUUUAUAUCAUUUUAAAAGAACAGAGUUUUCAGUAUAUAAAUUACAAGACAGUAACCGUAACAUAACACUUAAAUUUAUCAUGUUUUGUUUUAAUAAUGUUAUACAGUAAUGGUUUGCAUUUUGAGGUUAUUAGGAUUACCAUUAAAAUUUCACUUUUUAGUAAUUUUUUUUUUUAAAUUCUUUUCUAUAUACAUGUAGAGAUGGACACAUCCAAAUUAAGAGCAGAGUGAAUUCAUUUCUGAAAUUUCAGUAGUUUUGAAAUUGAGUAAGAUUUUGUCUGGCAUUACAAAAUGGAAUGUCAUUUAAAUAGGACUCAAGUAAGGGAUGGGGUUGAAAAUACUGAUUUUAUGUGGUAGUCUUCACUUAAGAAAGGGAUCGGGUGGAAAGUGCUGUUUUUAUACCUGAUGCAUGGAUCAAUGGAUUGGACUUUGCAGUAUGUUGCGUUUUUUCCAGAUAUUGUAUAAAAUAAUCAUGAUUUAGAAUGAUUUAAGAUAAAUUUGUGUGAAUAGGGCCUUACACAUCCUGUACAUAUUGUUAUUUUCAGUGUUUACUGUGAAAAGUUUAUAUUUGUACAUAUCACACACUUGUGCUCACUUUGUGUCUAACUUAUGCAUUUUCACACUUAUUUUUUUGUAUUUUUCAAUAAAAUGAUUUGUUAUAUACCUAAAUAGAGACAGACUGGUUUUAAAUGCAGGAACCUUUUUUUUCCAAUCAGGGAGAUUAGUUAGACUACAGUAGUGAGAAUUUGUUUAAUUAAUGCAUGUUGAUAUAUAUAUUUUUCAUGUUUAUUUUCAUUUCUUUGCCCAUUGUUUAUCAAAAAUCUAAAAUUGUAAACCAGUCUCAAAAAUGCUUGCAUCUGAUUGGUUAUUGUUGUAUUUUAUUUUAAACUGAUUGGUGGUUGCUUUUGAAUUUUAGACUGGUUGCCAAUAUUAGUUUUGAGAUGACAUUUGAUAAAUUCUUUGUUUCAUUUAGUUUCUGUUGAGUUAUUAUAAUAUAUGAAGUAGAAUUAAAAAUGCUUAGCAAGGCUAAAGUCAAAUGGAAUUUAUCUGACAUAAAUAGUUAUGUCCACUUAAAUGUUUACAAAUUUUUUGUGAUGUAGAAGCAUAAAUUCAUGGCACUUUUUAUGACCAAAAAGAAGAUACAGCGAUUUAUUUUAUGUAAAAUAAUGAUGUGUGAAGCUGUUGAAAGUUUUAUAGUUUAUACAUACAUGUAUUGAACAAGAAAGAGUUUAUAGGAACUGACUGCAUGUUUUGACAUGAUUGCUUUAAAAAUAUACCCUCAAAUACACCAUUAUCAAUUUCAAUACAUAUAAACUCAAAUUCAUUUUUUGACCAUAUCCAUUUCAAGAAAAAUGUAAAAAAAAUAUAUCAGAAAGAUUGAACUAUAUUUUUAUAUGAAACUACUUUAUUACAGAUGAAUAGUUGUAUUUAGUUAUCAUUAUUAAUUAAUUACUGUAUGUUCAUAAUAUUUAAAGAUUUUUAAUCAUCAAGGUUUUAUGAAAUUAAGUUAGUUUUAGUAGUAUUUAACAUUUUAUUACUGUAAAAUCAGCAAUUAUCUCAAGGGAUUAAAUGUACUUAGUUUUGGGGAUAGGAGAUUUAAUUUUCACAAAAAUUAUUGUUUGCUAAGUAACAAAGUUUUAUAUAAAUAUAACAAAUCUAAAAAUAGAAAUUUUCUUAUAUGAAACUUUGUCAAAUAGUCAGAUUUCUUGAUUUUACAAAAUUUUGUUCUCAUGGAAAUAUCUGGUUUUCAGUAAACCAUGCUUUCAAAGUUGUAAAAUUUAAAAUAAGGCCAUUUCAUUGGUAAUUUCUACAAAACAGCUAAGAUUCAACCAAUCAAAAGCGAGGAUUUAUAGAAUGUGACCCACCUCUAUUCCACUGGUACAAUACUCAUCUACAUUUAAAAUCUGAAAGUUAAGACUUUCAAAUACUUAGUUUAUCUCUUCCUUAUUUUGUUACUUCGUAUAUUCAUUUGCAUAAAAUCUUGCUAGAUUUCAUUUUAAUUUCCUUAUCUAACAGAAGGGACUCUGAGGUAAUCAAAUUCAAAUCACAUGGUCCUCACAAAACAAAUGGGCAUGCAAAGUUCUUGACCACCAGUAAAGCCAGAAAAAAUUGCCAUAUGACCUUUACAGUGUUGAUGUGACUUACAAUCCAGCAAAACAAACUAUAAACAAAAUUUUAACAGAAAGCAAAAUAAAUAUUUAGCUGUUUAAUUACAGUCUUGCGUUUUGAUUUAUUAUAUUUAGCAGUUUUAUCAAUCUCGUGGUCUUGAUUAGGAAUAUUUAGCAGUUUGUAUGGUCUUGCAUAUCGAUUUCAGACAUUAAAUGUAGAUGAAUAAUUGCCUUUUAUUUUUAGCAUCAUAUUUUGGAACAUUUCCUGCCUUAAUCUUAUGUAACACAUAUUUGUAUUUUGCAGUUUUUCUCUUGUCUAGUUGUUUGGAUUUAACUUGCAAUAUGCUCUUAUUUUUAGAAAGGGCAUAUUAUGAUGUGUAUAUUUUGACAUAUAACUUUUUAUAUUUAACCUUUAACCUGCUGGAAUUGAAUGUGAUUAGCCUUUGGCACCAGUAUAGAGCUGGGCAAGUCUGAGCAUCUGUGCCGAGUCUGACCGGGCUUUCUUACUGAUGGUAGCUCAAUUUUUGUAUAAUUUGAUAUUGAAAUCCCUUAAACUUUGAAUGGACUGUUCCAAA